CGUCCUCACCGCUGCUGUCAAACUCCUGGACCCCACCUCAGGCUUUCAAUCCUUUGGGGAGCAACAGCAUAGAAGGCAUCCAUCCGAUCUGGCGUCCGACCCAACCCAACCCACCGCCCCAGAGUGUGUCAUCCGUUUCAGGCCAGCAAGACCUGGCACCGUCUCAAAGGGUGAUGCUGGGAAACGCUAUCCAUAUGGUGACCCUAUAAAGACAAGCAGCCUCCUCCGCUCUUCACCUCAGCCUUGACUCUGCAGUGCACCUCCACGGACUCUCAGCCUCUCCGCACCUCUACUGCCACACUACUACCACCACUCGUCCACCACACAGCAGCACCACCACCAGCAGCAGCAGCAGCCUCUACAGGAACUGCAACAGGUGCACAGCCGUUGAUGACCUAGGGCUGCAUCCAUCACAUCUGCAACCAGAAGGGAGGUCCUGCUGUUACAGCUGCUAUGAAGAUACUGUACCCUGUCCUUCUACUUCUUCUGCUGGGAGAGAUCUCCUGCCAGAACAAAAACAAUGCCAAUGCCAACGCCAGGCCAAGUGGAAAGGCGUCCAAGAAAGCUGGAAGUCAAACAGGUGAAGCUGCCGCAGCAGCAGCAGCAGCUCAGGAUGAGCCUUCAUCAGUAGAGGGGGGUCGAGACUCCAGCUCCAGCCCGAGUUCAGGAGGUCGGUCAGGGGGGAACGCACAGCAGGCCGCCACCGGGGUCAGAGCUGGAACUGGAACCGGAACCGCCUCCGCUGCAGCCACCACAGAUGAGAUGAAACUGCACUUCCUGAAGAACGCGCAGGUCACCUGCAACGACGGCACUGCCGCAGGGUUUUACCUAAAGGAGUUCAAAGGCAGCAAGAGAUGGUUGAUAUUUUUGGAGGGGGGUUGGUGCUGCUACAACAAAGAGACCUGCGAUGCCAGAUAUAAAAAUACCCAGCGUCUCAUGAGCUCAACCGACUGGCCACAGACACGUAAAGGAAGUGGAAUUCUCUCCCCGCAGUCCGAAGAAAACCCCCAUUGGUACAAUGCCAAUAUUGUGUACAUCCCUUACUGUACCAGUGAUGUGUGGAUUGGUACGAAAACAACAAAGCCUAGAGAGAAGGGGAAGGACACAGUGGAUUACACCUUCAUGGGCUCCCUGGUUAUCCGGGAGGUGAUCAAAGACCUCACAAGCAAAGGAAUAAAGCAGGCCAAAGUGGUGAUGCUGGCCGGAACAAGUGCUGGGGGAACAGGUGUGCUGCUGAACAUUGAGAAGGUGUCUGGUCAGCUGGAGCAGCUGGGUGUGGAGGCCCAGGUGCGAGGCCUGGUGGACUCCGGCUGGUUCCUGGAGGGCCGGCAGCAGAAAGUCACAGAGUGCUCGGACGGAGUCUCCUGCUCUCCUGUGGACGCCAUCAAGAAGGGACUGAGGCUGUGGAACGGAAAUAUCCCAGAGAAGUGCAAGCAGCAGUACAAGCGGGGCGAGGAAUGGCAGUGUUUUUUUGGAAACAAAAUAUACUCCUCCUUGACCUCCCCGCUGUUUGUGGUGCAGUGGCUCUUUGACGAGGAGCAGCUGAGGGUGGAGGACAUCUACAUGGGAGGGCAGACGCUCUCCGAGCAGCAGUGGACCUACAUGCAGAACCUGGGGCGGGAGGUGAAGAACUCCCUCAGGGAUGUCACGGCUGUAUUUGCUCCAUCCUGUCUGUCCCACACCCUCAUCACCAAAAGUAACUGGAUGGAUUUCCAAGUGAAGGGCACGUCCCUCUCCCGUGCCCUCCAGUGUUGGGACAAGAGCCUGCAGGAGGCCAACCGCAACAACAGGGCGGCGCUCAAGGGCUGCCCCUUCUUCCUGAUGGACGGCUGCCAGUGGCCCCAGUGCAACCCCACCUGCCCCGCCCUGGUGGACCAGGCCUCGCAGCAGGAGCUAACCUUGCUGCAGGUGCUGGCCAACAUGGGCCUGGACCUCCAGAGGCUCGGGCUGGACCUGAAGCGUGACGGCCCCUCCACCAGCGUCGUUGGCAGCGGAGGCUAAAAAGUAGUAUAGGCGUAGUAUAGAAGGUGGUGGCUGGAGAUGACGCAGGCAGUCAUAUUGCCCGCCAUAACAGCGAGUUUCAUUUUUUUUCAUUUGUCUUUGUUCUCUCAUCAUCACCAUCCGUCACGGGCAUCAUCACCUUUUACUUAUUUUAGAUAAUAAGUCAACAGGUUAGAACACUGGCACUCUAUAGAUGGGUCUUCUCGAACCUUUUACUCUUUUCAUCAUCACUACCAUCAUCAUCAUCAUCAUCAUUCAGUUGUGUUUCAGUGAUGUGUUCCGACUGGUGGUGCGGUCCCCUUGUGGGUGUCUGUGCUCGUUCGCACACCUGUUUGGACACAACUAGUGUUCUCCGUACAGAAGGGAAGGUGUUGGGCUUUUGCCAAAAAAACAUCUUGAGAGUUAUGCGGGAGUGCUAGGCCCCCUGGAGUUUGUUACCAUGUCCACAAAACACUUAAAAUCAAUGGCACUAGUACAGAGGACACCUUCUUUUCAGUUUGUUGUCUUACCGCGCAAAUACACCGGCUGCGACCCUUAGCAAGGCGAGUGACGGAAGUAAUUGACUUUGUAUUGAGUCGUGAGACAAAAACGAUUCGGGUGACUAGAGGCGAGUCGCGCAACGAGAGCGACAGUUUGUAGUUGAACUACUGGCAAUAUUAUGCAAAUUAGCUAUGACGCGGUUCAGCAACAGCCGCCACAGUCAAUGGGAAUGUUGGAAUGCUUGCAUUCUGAUUUUAACGGACAUACUCUAGUAGUCGAUUCAAUCGCUCACAUCACUCUUGCUGCACAGAAGCGAUUCUCUGUCGCUUGAAUCUUGUCGCGGCCAGUCUAUUCGCCCGGUUACAGAGCCAUCAUAGUGUGCUUUGUUUCUGUAUUACACAAGCACAGCACAUUUUAGGUGGUCAUGUGCCAGCAAUAGCAGUGUUUCUAUAAACACAGAGAGGCAGAGUAAUAACGGAUGGCCUAAGAAUAGACAGCAGUACUUUAAGUAGCACAGUAAUCUCUCGUCAAAGUUCAGAUGUUCAUCUGUGGUUGUUAAUCAGCAUUGCUACCAGAUCAUUUGUACAUGUACCGUACAUGCAUCACCAAGAUUUGUUUAGUGUGAUGAUGAUUGACAACAUGCGGCAUUGCAUGCCAGUAUAAGGCAUGUAGGCCUAUAUUAGUAUAUACUGUAUGUUCAAACGUUAGCCCUACACUGUGUAAUGCACACAUAUGUAAUUUCUUGUUUCGAAAAAAAAUGUGCAUGCUAGGUAGUGGAGUUUUUGAAUGUCUACUUGCAGACAUGAGACUAUGCCUCACUCAGUAAUUUGAGGCACCAAACUACAACAGAGGUAUCAAGAAUCCUGAAAGAUGUUUUGAGUUAAAUUAUUAUGAAUAUUAUUAUUGUUAUGAUAUAUUUUGUUCAGAUUUUGGGGGAUUUUUGAAAAUUAUGCUAAAAAAAGCUCAAAUCACUGAGGAAAAUUUGUACUGGUAUUUAUGUUUCAAGCACUUCAGAUAUUGUAUUAUUAAUUUAAAAUAUAGGCUAUGUUCUUAUUGCUAUAUUUAUCAUGUAUGUUAAUAACUAAUAAAGCAACGGCUUCU